UUUAUUUUAAGAACAGUUAUUAUUAAUUUUAUUGUUAAUUAUUAUUUAUAUUAUUAUUAGUUCAUUUAUCAUUGUGACUAUGUUACAGCCUUUGACAAAAGUCUAGUGGAGUCUGCAGAAAUAAUGAAUGGACUGAUGUGUGAAGCAUGGUUAAGAGGUGAAAAACGGGGCAUUUUAAGGGAAAAGGCAAGGGAGACCUUUUCCCACAGGUUGCUCCGGUCAUUUUCCCGCCAAAUGGAGCCAGGUGGUGGGGAGAGCUCUAGACGCCAAGGAAGAACUGCAAUUCCCAGGACACCUUGGCGUUCGUCGCGGCCGACCCAACCCCCUCUCCACACCCCCAUCCCCGGGUAGCAAGCAGCGAGGCCUCGUGAAUACGCACUACAACUUCCAGCAGCCUCUGCGCCCGCGGUCCUCCCCCGGGAAGGCGAAGGACUACAAUUUUGUGGAAGCCCUAGGAAUUCAGUUAGCGGUGGGCGUGUCGCUCUCUGGGUCGCGUCAUCAGCCUGCGCUCCUCACUUAAGGAUGAACAGGUUUCGGUUGUAGCAUGAUGGCCGCCUGCGAGGCGGUGGCAGCAGCGGCGAUAGUGGCGACAGCGACAGAAAGGGCCGAAGAGGCGGCGAAAGCAGCCACCACGGGGACGGUCGCGUCGGCGGCGGUCUCAGCCAAGGCCGCGGUGCUGUCCUCUGGGGGGAAGAAGGCAGCAGCCUCGGCCGCCGUGACGGAGACGACGGCCGCCACAACGGCCGCGGCGGGAGGAGCGGGGGCCGUCCGAUCGGCGGCGGCCGCCAAGUUGCUGUCCCUGAGCGGCGUGUUCGCCGUGUACAAACCCAAGGGCCCCACUUCAGCCGAGCUCCUGAACCAGCUGAAGGAGAAACUCCUGGCAGAAGCUGGUAUGCCUCCUCAAGAUGGGAACAAGAGGAAGAAACAGGCAUUAAAAAUUGGUCACGGAGGUACUUUGGACAGUGCUGCCACAGGAGUUCUGGUGGUUGGAAUUGGAAAAGGGACAAAAAUGUUGACCAGUAUGUUAUCAGGUUCUAAGAAGUAUAUUGCUACUGGAGAAUUGGGGAAAGCUACUGAUACACUGGAUUCAACAGGGAAAAUUACAGAAGAAAAACCUUAUGAUCAGAUAAAGCAAGAAGAUAUUGAAGGUAUUCUCCAGAAAUUUACAGGAAACAUAAUGCAAGUACCUCCUCUCUAUUCUGCUUUAAAGAAAGAUGGACAGAGACUUUCUACUUUGAUGAAGAAAGGUGAAGUAGUAGAGGCGAAACCUGCCAGACCAGUCACAGUGUAUAGCCUCUCCCUUCAAAAAUUCCAGCCACCUUUAUUUACAUUAGAUGUUGAAUGUGGAGGAGGUUUUUAUAUCAGAAGCUUGGUCAGUGACAUUGGCAAAGAACUUUCUUCCUGUGCCACUGUGCAAGAAUUGACCCGAACUAAACAGGGACCAUUUACACUAGAGGAACAUGCUCUUCGUGAAGACAAAUGGACAAUUGAUGGAAUAGCACAAUCCCUAGAGCGCUGCAUGCCUCUUCUCUCAGUAGAACCUUCUGUUAAAAAAUUAAAAACUGAAGAUUCUAAAGUACAAGCUGCAAGCUCAGAAGACAAAACAAUAAGUCAGGUUAGGGAAAAAGAUGGAGUUAUUGGAACAUCUUAAGAUUGGACUGGGAUUGUUAUGUUUUCCUGGUUGAAUUUAUAAUCUUUUAUGUGCAAAACAACAAGCUGCAUUGUUAAAAAAAAUAAUUCUCUCUUCUCUGUCUCUUUCUUUCUCUCUCUCUCUCUCUGCAUGGAAAAAAAGUCCGUAAUUUCUUAUUUCUACAACAUGCUGUUCAUCUGAUACAUUGCAUUAUAAAUGGGUUUAUCAGUAAUCUAACUUCUUUGCUAUAUCCUUAAAUGAUCUUUUAGAAUGUUUUUGUGUUAUCAUAUUGACAAUAAAAAUUUUAAAAUUUCAGAAAACUUAAUUUUCUGAAUUUAGUCACUCAUCAGUAACCUACACCAAUAAAUAAGUUAAAUGUAUUUUCUAAUCUAAUGAAAACAAAAUUAUUAUUGUACUUUGUUUUCAUUAAUUCAAAUUUAUUUAUUGGACUAUCCAGAGAAAUUUUGUUGAUAAUCCACUGAAGACAAUAUCAUGCUGAAUUGUUUUUUAAACAGAGCUUAAAGUGGGCCUUUAUGCAAUUCAUUUGCUUCAUGAACGUAAUUUUGGGGAAUUAAUCAUUAUAAAGAAAUAUUACUUGGAUAAGACUAUAUCUACCUAUAACAAUAUAUUUGUUAGUUUAAGGCUAGGUACCAACCAGAUACAAUAAAUAUCUGUAAAUGGACUCUAAUUAUAAUUACCUACUGCCUUCAUUAAUAGGAUUAAAAUAGGUAAUGUACUCUUUAUAUUUAUCGACUCGGAUGAUUAUUCCAUGAAAAUAAAAGAUAAAGCAAUUAGGGCUUAUUAAUUGGUAGGUAGCAAAGGGACUCUUGUGUUAGUGGUUGAAUCAAUGAUACAGUAGACUUGAUCUACUCCAAGCCAUUAUCUAAUGCAACAUGCCCUUCAUAUUUUCCUUUUACGUUGGGGAUUUUGGAGCAGGGAAUAGGAAAGUUUUAUUUAUUUAUUUUACUAGAGUGAAAGUAAAGUAUUUAUCUUUCUCUUAAAAAAAACUUUAUCCCUACCUGUGACAUUUUAUAAAAACUUCAGUUAUUGUUUUGAGUGAUACUCAUUGGCUUUGACUAAGAUGGCUUUAUUACAUUUCCAGUUAGACUUCUGCUCUAAAUAAGUCUUGAUUAUUAUGCUUUUUUCAUUGGGUUAUACUGAGAGUCCCCCAACUCUUUCAACCACUGCAAUUGCAUAAUUUAGAAAGUAUAGUCACUAACCAAUAUUCAAGUUUAUGGGUACUAGGGACUUCAUAUUUUACUUUAUAGGAAAGUAUAACGUAUUAUUCUGUCUUUAAUAUAGUCUCUCUUCACAUUCUUAUAGUUCAAAAGCAAGACCAUUGAAAAUUUCUCGAGAUAAUCAUUUUAAGUUGUUUUAUCCUCUAAAACAUUUGAUUAUAAUUCCACAUUAAAAAAUACAAAAUAAAAUUAAUUUUAAUUGUAGUUAAUCUAACAUUUGCUAUAAAAUAGACAUAAUUGUUUUGGUAGACUGUAUCCCCAUAUACAGAGUAUAAUAACUCAUGUUUAAUGAGAAGGUUUUUUUUAAUUAAUUUUUUCAAAAUUAGGUAUUUCUUUUCUCUCCUUGCUCUCCACUAGGGAAACAAACAAACCACCCCUUUUUUAAAUGAGUAUGCAUAGUCAAAAAAAUUCUCACAUAGGCUGUGUUAAAAAAUGUGUAUCAUUCUAUAUAUUUAGUCUUACCUCCUUUUUGUCAGCAGGUAGGUAGCGUUCCUUAUCAUUGGUCCUCUGGAAUCUUAAUCAUUGCAUUUAUCAGAGUUAAUGAGAAGUUUUUAUGCCACUUGGUUUCACAUACAGUGUUAAAAAGAAAUGGUUUUUUAAUGAUACUUUAAUUGUAAUAGCAAAAUGAUUUUUGAACUUCAAAUUAAAAGUUUGUAAUUUGAAUUUAAGGAAAUUUAAUGCCCUACAACUUGUGAAAACUAGUGGAAAUAUAUGUAUUUUAAUGACAUUAUAA